AUGCAGCUGGAACACGUUCUUGUGCACCUCAAAGCCCACACUCAGAACAAUGCCGAUUUUCGUAAUUUGCUCGGAAACCCGCGUCUAGGCAAACUUCUGUAUGCUGGAAUCGAGGAAGAUGACGGCGAAUUGACCAUCUUUAUGACCUUUCAACAUCACAAUCCGCAAAUCACCACUCAGGAUCUCCUAAGAAUGCCAGAAGAGACGACAAAGUCAGGUCGUCUUAGCAGGAAUGGCGGUGUUCCACAGGCUGCCGCGAGAUCGAAACCCCACCAAUGCAAUAAUAAUGGCUGUUUCUCGCCUUCGUCAGAUAAUGUUGCCCGCUUUGAGGAGGAUAGUUGGGCUAGCAAUUCGUUUGAUAAUCUCACCAUUGCCGACGACUUGUCGGAGGACGGAGCCCCGGUGCCUAUUCGCUCUGCAUCCAGUGGUAGGGACUGCUAG